GAAGUUGCAGGGGGAGCGAAACCCUCUAGUUGGAAGGCGCAGCAGCACGCAGGCUGGAGCAUGCGGUCUCCCUGCCUGAACCCAUCUCCAAUGGACCCGCUCAGUCAUUGGAGUCCAUUACCUAAGCCGUGCAAUUUCCACCAUCAAUAAUUUAAAACUAUUAUUUGCUCCAAAGGAGCUGAGGAGACAAUCCCAACACGAAGGAAGCCGCACAAUUAAUAGUGGAACUGCGCAAAAAAAAAGCCAUCCAAAUGACUCCCGUUUGUUGAUGCGCUCCUUCACAACUUGACCGCUGAAAGUUCCACCAGGUGAGAAGAGUGAUGACCAUCCUGUUCCUUACAAUGGUUAUUUCAUAUUUAAGUUGCAUGAAAGCCGCCCCCAUGAAAGAUGCCACCGGGAUUCGGGGGCAGGGAGCAGAGGGCUACCUGGUAGACACAGCAGGGGCAUGGGGCCACGGGACUCCAGAGAGCGGAGGCGGGGCCCAGCGCGGUGGGCUGCCGUCCCUAACGGACACAUUCGAGCAGGUGAUCGAGGAGCUGCUGGAAGUGGAAGGAGAGGCGCAGUCGGCAGGCCGUGGUCCUGGAGCGGCAGCAUUGGGAGCGGCGGGAGUGGGAGCAGCGGCGGAGCCCGACGAUGUCGAUGGGUUUGGAUCCCGGGUGGUGAUCAGCAACCAAGUGCCUUUGGAGCCCCCAUUGCUCUUCCUCCUGGAGGAAUACAAAAACUACCUGGAUGCCGCCAACAUGUCCAUGAGGGUCCGGCGGCACUCGGACCCCGCACGGCGUGGUGAGCUGAGCGUGUGUGACAGUAUUAGCCAGUGGGUGACCGCCGUCGACAAAAAGACUGCCAUAGACAUGUCAGGCCAGACGGUCACGGUCCUGGAGAAAGUCCCGGUGCCCAAAGGCCAGCUGAAGCAAUACUUUUACGAGACCAAAUGCAACCCCAUGGGGUAUACAAAGGACGGCUGCAGGGGGAUUGACAAGCGGCAUUACAACUCCCAGUGUCGGACAACCCAGUCGUACGUGCGUGCGCUCACCAUGGAUAGCAAAAAAAAAAUUGGUUGGCGAUUUAUUAGGAUAGACACUUCCUGUGUAUGCACAUUGACCAUAAAGAGGGGGAGAUAGUGAAAGAAAUGUAUAGAUUUUAUGGAGAGUUUAAAAAAGAGAAGAGAAAUAUCUAUUUGUGUAUAUACAUAACAGGGUAAAUUAUUCCGUCAAAUGAAAAUUUUCUGGACUGCAUGUAAAAAAGAUGAAGUUUAUACAGUAAAAGUGAUACUACAGUCUAUUUAUUGAACAUAUUCAUGACCUUGUAAACAAUUAAAAUACCUAAUCAGUCAUUUGCGCACAAUUUAAAUUACUAUAUUACAUUCCUCAAGACAUUGUGGUUUGUUUACGUUGCCAAGAAUCUGAGAAAUAA